GCGGCCGAGCGCCCUGGGAGCCCGCGGGAGUCGGGGCAGUGGGGCGGCGGGGCGCGCGGGGCGGGCGGCGAGCGGAGCCGGCCGGAGCGGGCCGGGCAGCGGCCGCCGCCGUCCCGGAGCGCGCGCGGGCGGGCCGGAGGAUGGAGCUGAACUCCCUGCUGAUCCUGCUGGAGGCGGCCGAGUACCUGGAGCGCAGGGACCGAGAGGCCGAGCACGGCUACGCCUCGGUGCUGCCCUUCGACGGCGACUUCGCCAGGAAGAAAACAAAGGCCGCCGGCCUGGUGCGCAAGGCUCCGAACAACAGGUCUUCACACAACGAACUAGAAAAGCACAGACGAGCCAAGCUCAGGCUCUACCUGGAACAGCUGAAGCAGCUGGUGCCCCUGGGCCCCGACAGCACCCGCCACACCACACUGAGCCUUCUGAAGCGCGCCAAGACGCACAUCAAGAAACUGGAGGAGCAGGACCGCAGGGCGCUGAGCAUCAAGGAGCAGCUGCAGCGGGAGCACCGCUUCCUGAAGCGGCGCCUGGAGCAGCUGUCGGUGCAGAGCCUGGAGCGCGUGCGCACGGACAGCACGGGCUCCGCCGUCUCCACCGACGACUCGGAGCAAGAGGUGGACGUGGAGGGCAUGGAGUUCGGCCCCGGCGAGCUGGACAGCGUGGGCAGCGGGAGCGACGUGGACGACCACUACAGCCUGCAGAGCGACGGCGGCUACGGGCCCCCCCGCCGCCGCCGGCCGGCCCGCCCCGGCCUCUCGUAGGCCCGGGCCCUCGGCUCCUCGGCCUGCCUGCCGCCCAGCCACGUACGCCACCCUCCGGUCCUCAGCCUCUGGGUCACUGCUGUGCCACUUGGGAAGCUCCGCAGCUCCGGGGUUGCCGCCCGCCCGCCCGCCGGUCAGGGCCACCUCGCCGCCCGCCCCUCCCCGCCGGGCAGGGACCCCUGCAGGGAGCGGGCCCAGCUCCCGAGCUCCGGAGUCCAGCGUAGCCACCCACGGUCUGUUCUCAGAUUCCUAAUCAUUCCAGAAGUAUUAAAUGUCGUUGCUGCAAACCUCGGCGGGCGCCGUGUGAGGGGCUUACUGACCACGUGGGCAGCUCCGACCCCACCCCCGGCCCCAGGAGGAAGGAGUGGACUGAGGAAGGAAGGAAGGCGUGGCUCUCCGUCCAUCUGUCCAUCUGUCCGUCGUCCACGUAGGCUCCUGAAGCCUGGUCAGAGAGAGCCAUGAGGCGGGACGCGGUGAGCACCCCGGGCAGGGGCGGGGAAGGGCCUUGGUACCCUGAGGGUGUCCGGAGCCCGGGCUGGGCUCCCGGGGCAGGCCAGGCCCCCCCCACCCCCCGGGCAGCUUCGGCUUCGCUAGGUACCUCAGGUGUACACAUGCACGCACCUCGUCAUGUCCUCCCGCCUGCACACGUGCACACGCACGCACAUGUGGCCUCUGGACCCGGCGGUGCCUGGGACCCCGGGGUCACCGGGCAGCAGUGGCCCUGCCUGUGCCCGGCUCCCCUCCCCCGGGAGGUGCCUCCUCAGGCUGCUCGGUGUGCUCCGGGCGCAGGGCCUCGGGACCGCUGGCCUCCGGUUCACAGGAAGGCCGGGAGAGCCUGAGGCCGGGCGAGGCUGCGGGAGGCCGGGCUGGUGGGGAGGGGCGGCUCCGAGGACUCGGGCGGGCUGCCCACGCCACCUCUGUCUCCCGAACCAGAUUUUUGUACUCUAUUUUCCUAAUCGUGGCGCGCUGUUUGCGGAGGGGGGAGUGACCCAGCGUCUCAGGGACUGGUCCGUCCGUCACCACUGUCCGAGUGUGCCUUGUGUCCUGUGUCAGGCCCCGCCCCGGCCGCCGCCACCAGCAUCUCCCUCCCCCGUGCCCGGCAGGUGUCCUCCCGGCUCCCCGCCUCCUGGUCAGGGCUGCUCUCUGUCGCCCUGGCGGGAGGAGCUGUGACCGGAUCCCCAUGUCGCCCUGCUGUGCAGCGUGGCCUCCAGUCCGGACGGCCUGCUCACAGAGACCUAGGGUCUCACCAGCUUGAACCCCCGGCCCCCUGCCCAAGGCAAGGGCUGGUUCCCACAUUGGCAGCUGAUGAAGAUGGCUUCGGGGUCAGGCCUUUCACUCUAAGUCCUCGUCCCCAGGGACCGCACAGCAAUACUCAGGAGGCGGGCGGUGGGGCCAGCCCACAGCCUGUCUCCCCGCUCUCCGGUGCAUUGUAACCACUUUGCCAACCACAUGUGUCUCCCGUCCUGCCGGCGGACACCCCCGCGGGUGGCCUAGCCGAGGCAGAAAGGGGUCCCUGGAGACACGUCCGUCUGGCACAGAACCUGCCCUCCGAGGCUCGGGAUGGUGGGUGCACGUGGGCCCAUGGGGUCGGGUCUGGGGUCAUAGGAAAACCCGUCUGCUGGCACCUCCUUCCGGGUGAACUGGACCCCCGGAGGCGUCGCCCGUCUGCCUGAGCGUGUCCUCCGGGCGAUAGGGCAGGAGCCCCCGCAAGUCCACCCCAGGGACGGCCCUGACCUCUUACAGCAUCAGCUCCCCACCCACCCCUACACCUGUGGAGGCUCUGCUCCCGCCUCUGCCACAGCGUCCUGUCCCGUGACCAGCCCUGGCCCUCGACCCACCUGACUGGCAGCUCCACCCAUGGCUCCUCAGCCGUGGUUCCCAAGGGGUCCGGGAGUUGGCCUUGCUGGCCACCAGGGUGCUGCCCGCACCUGCAGACGUGAGGGGUGGCCCUUGGGGACAGGCCGGGUGCUCGGAGUUACAUCCAUUGCCCUCCCUCCAGCUCCCCGCAUGUGCCCAGGCCGGUUGGUGGGUGGCCAUGGUGCCCAGACAGGCCCUGCUGAGGCCUGCUGGGUUGCUGAGAGCACACCUCAGCGUUGUCCGGGCUCCAUAAAGCGAGCGUGACCAGCACUGGGCCCCCAGGGGUGCCCGCACCCUCUCGUGUGCCCUCCCAUGCCCAUGCGGGCCACUUUGGCAUUGGGUGGCUGAAAUCUUUAAACCCCAGGCUCAGUGGCCCCCACCCUCCUGGCCACCACCGCAGGGUGGGUCCAGCUGGCCGGGGAGGCUGCUGGCAGCUCCCCCUCUGAGCCUGGGCCGCCUCUGCAUAUUCGGUGUAAGAGGCCCAGUGCCCGAGCCUCCUUCCUGGGCAGAUGGAGCCCUGUGCCCGACCAUGGCCCCAAGGGCCCCCCCUCCUGUCUGCCCAGGUAAUCCCCAUCUGCUGGGCGAGGCAGGCUCCGCCACUCCCUACUCCCUCCUCCUCUCGGGGCCAGCUAACCGGGGCCCCCUCCCCGCCUCUGUGCUUAUAGGACUGACCCCGGUCCACAUCCAGGGCACGAGGGCAGGUUCCGUGCCAGGGUCUGGGCUGCCCGGAGGCCUGGUGCUGGCCAGGUGGGCACAUUAGAGAUGCUCACUGGAGAGAGGGGUCACUCAUCCACUGCUCACGGGAGGGGCUGUGCUGUACCGUCUGUCUUUGUAAUAUAAAUACAGAUUUUUAUACCUCA